GGCCGGGCCGGGCCGGUGCGGGCGGCGGGGCUGCCGGGCGACCCGCGAGGUGCAGCCGCGCACAUGGGGACGCACCGUAUCGUUCUGUCGGGCCCUGGGCCCUGGGGCUUUCGCCUGGUGGGCGGCCGGGACUUCGAGCAGCCCCUCACCAUCUCCCGGGUGACUCCAGGUAGCAAAGCUGCAAUAGCCAACUUGUGUAUAGGAGACCAGAUCAUAGCCAUUGAUGGGGUGAACACAGAUAACAUGACGCAUCUUGAGGCGCAGAACAAAAUCAAGGGUUGCACAGAUGAACUAACUCUGACGGUCAACAGAACGGAGUCAAAAGUCUGGUCGCCACUUGUAAAUGAGGAGGGAAAGACGCAUCCUUACAAGAUGAAUCUGGCCUCUCAGCCGCAGGAAAUAAGGCACAUAGGAAGUGCACACAACCGGAGCGCGGUGCCCUUCACUGCUGCCACAGCUUCUGCCCCCAGAGUGAUCACUGCUCAGUACAACAGCCCAGCAGGCCUCUACUCCUCAGAGAACAUCCAGACCUUCAACAAUGCCGUGGAGUCAAAGACAUCACCUGGGGCCCCAGAGCCUACCAAGCCUCUAGAUCAGCAUAACCAGCCCCCAGGCGGCAUCGUCAUAGACAGAGAAUCUGAGGUUUACAAGAUGCUCCAGGAGAACCAAGAGUCAAAUGAGCCGCCCAGACAAUCUGCUUCCUUCCUCGUGUUGCAAGAGAUUUUGGAGUCAGAAGGAGACCCUACCAAACCAUCGGGAUUUAGGAGCGUCAAAGCCCCCACCACAAAGGUGGCCUCAUCGAUUGGGAAUGCCCAGAAGCUGCCCAUGUGCGAGAAGUGUGGAUCUGGUAUUGUAGGGGUGUUUGUGAAGAUCCGGGACAAGCAGCGUCACCCCGAGUGCUAUGUGUGCAGUGACUGCGGCACCAACCUCAAGCAAAAAGGACACUUCUUCGUGGAAGACCAAAUCUACUGCGAGAAGCACGCGCGGGAGCGGGUGGUCCCCCCAGAGGGCUACGAGGUGGUCACUGUCUUCCCAAAGUAAACCGCGCUGCUCACAAAACCAGUGUGGAUGGUUUCUCCUCUGCUGCUUUUCCUUGGAAAGCAUCGUCCCUGCCCCCCCGCUGAAUCUUGUUUGCAAUAAGGAAUGCUAGGCAUGGCUUUGGGUUUCCUUGCCAUUAUUAAUCCUCCAUCUGUUCACAUGAGAUGUCACUAAUUGUUCAACAUUCUUUUCGUCUCCUCUUUCACUGUUUGGUGUUGGUUUUUUUUUUAAUACACAGAGUUGUUAUUUUUUUCCUCCUUUGUGCUCAGUCGCACAGGAAAAUCAGAGGCCAAAGUCAGAUUAUGACUCUUCUGUCUCCCAGUUAUUUGCCUUCUGUUUGCAUUCAAUAAACAGGGUGAAU